AUGCUUCAAUUAUACAAAGGUACAACAAGACUUUACAGUCGUGUGCUAUCUCGUCAAUUCAGCAAUACCUGCUUGUUAUUAAACGAAAAGAAGGAAGAUAUCAACAAGUCAAACUAUGGACAAUUCACCAAACAAGAAUUCGAAAAUGCCCGGACAAUAAUCAAAGAGCAGAUUGCCCGUCUUGAAUCCGAAAUCAAAGGUGAAUCCAACAUCCGUUCCAAGUUAGGCAGCAUGCCUCAAUUCCCACUGCCUUCUAAAUCAACAGCUCGCAAAGUCGACACGCUUACUGAUUUAUUUGCCCAAACUAUCCAACUUACAGGGCCCAUUCCACUUUCUGCAUACAUGCGUCAAUGUCUUACCCAUUCUGAGAUGGGGUAUUAUACCACUCGUGAUCCAUUAGAUUUGCGAGGUGGUGAUUUCAUUACCAGUCCGGAAAUAUCGAGUGUCUUUGGCGAGAUGCUUGGGGUUUGGUAUUUCACGGUAUGGCAAUCCCAAGGCUCUCCUGGGAAAAUACGAUUUGUCGAGUUUGGCCCAGGAAGAGGUACGCUUAUGUACGAUACGCUCAGAACAUUCAAUAGAUUUAUAGCCAAGGCUAGCACGCCUGUUGAUAUUGAAAUCACCAUGAUUGAAGCGUCGGACGUGUUACGUCGCGAACAAUGGAAAUUACUAUGCGAUGAGAAACACGAGUUUGAAACUACAACAGAAGGAUUCAACAAGUCUACCACCCAAUGGGGGAAUGCUAUAAAGUGGGUGUAUACCGAGAAGGACAUAGUUGAUGAUGAGGCCACGGCAAACUAUAUAAUAGCCCAUGAAUUCUUUGAUGCCUUGCCUAUCAAGAGUUUCACCAAGACCGAGGCCGGAUGGAGAGAGUUGAUGGUUGAACACACUCCUACUGUGACUAAUACCCAACCUAAAUUAGCAACCACUGAGCCGGUAGAGAAAAACGACCUUUUUGAAACUGAAUUCCAUUUGACAGUAUCACAAAAGGAGACUCCGUCGUCCAUGAUUCCUGCGUUAUCUCCACGUUAUCGUGACUUGGCUCAAGGCAGCCGCAUAGAAAUCUGCCCUGACGCUGAAUUAUUCCUCAUGAAAAUGAUCCAAUUGCUCAAGCCUAAACUUGGAGCAGUUAUGAUCAUGGAUUACGGUGUUGUCGACUCCAUUCCAGAAAACUCCCUUCGUGGAAUCUACAAACAUAAAUUUGUUUCUCCGUUCAUCAAACCUGGUGAAGUUGAUUUAUCUGCCGAUGUAGAUUUUGACAACUUGGUGAACAUAUCCAAACAAGCAAGUCAGGGCAAGAUAAUAAAUUAUGGUCCAGUAGACCAAGGCGACUGGUUACAUAAUAUCGGAGUGGGAUACCGUAUUGAUCAAUUGAUCAAGCAGAAUGAAAGCAACCCAGAUGUUCAAGAUAAGAUCUAUGGUGCCUAUAGAAGAUUGACCGACAAGGAUCAAAUGGGGGGUGUUUACAAGUUCUUGACAUUAAUGCCUGAAGGUAGUGAAAAACCAAUUGGAUUUUAG